AUGAAUUGGAAAACUCCAUCGAAAAAGAUUUAUGACUCUGCUGAUUUAAAAAAUUUUGAAAAAUCAAUUGCUUUUGAAAAAUUACAAAAAACAUUACAACAAAUUAUUUUAUCAGUGGAAAAUCAUAAAAUCCCUCCAGGUAUAUUAAAUGUUGAUAUAGUUACUCGACCAGGUCGAAUAGGAUCAAUACCAUUACCAUCAUUAAUAGAACCUACCACUACCACUACCACAAGAGAAAACAAAAUUGGCCCAUCAAAUGGGAAUGUUGAAAUAUUGAUUGAAUUAUUCCAAUAUCUUAAUAAACUAAUAGAUGAAACUCCACCUUUAAAAGGACCAACUAGAUUUGGGAAUUUUGCUUGUAGAGAUUGGCAUGAUAAAAUUGAUAUAAUUCCCAUACUUAAAAAAUUCAAAUUCCCGCAAGAAUUAAGUAGUAGUAAUAAUAGUAGCAGCAAAUCUAAUAUUGAUGGAUUUUUAUUAGAAUCAAGUUAUUAUUUACUAAAUUCAUUUGGUUCAAAAAUAAGAUUAGAUUAUGGUACUGGACAUGAAUUAUCAUUUCUUGCCUUUAUUGGAUCAUUAAUAGAAUUUAAAAUAUUAAAUCAUCCCACUACAACAGAAGAAAUCAAUGGUAAAGAAAUUCUUAUUAUAUUUGCCAAUUAUUAUGAUCUUGUUAGAAGAUUAAUAUUGGUAUAUAAUUUAGAACCAGCAGGAUCUCAUGGAGUUUGGGGAUUAGAUGAUCAUUUCCAUUUAAUAUAUAUAUUGGGAGCAUCACAAUUCAUUAAUGAUAAAUUAGCUCCAAUAGUACAACGAUCCCUUUCAAGUCAAGUGAUUAAUUCUUGUAAAUUGACGAAUUUUUAUAUUAAUGCCAUUGCAUUUAUUUUCCGAUUGAAAACUGGUCCAUUUAAUGAACAUUCCCCCAUUAUAUUUGAUAUUCAUAAUAAAGUAUUUUCAUGGACAAAAGUAAGACAAGGGUUAAUAAAAAUGUAUAUGGUUGAAGUAUUUAAUAAAUUCCCCGUAUUACAACAUUUUUGGUGUGGUGAAGUUUUAUACCCUUGGAAAGAUCAUCAAGGGAAUGAUUUACCUGUCAAUGAAAAAGAGGAAACGGAGUUAGAUAAGCCGCCCGAAACUACUUUGAAUUCCACAACUACAACUACAACUACAACAAAAGUAUCAAGUUCAACAUCAAAAAUACCAUUUACUCCAGCUCCAUGGGCAAAUACUACUACCACUCAUGCAGUACCCCGUAAUACCCGUAAUACUCGUAAUCCCCGGAGCUAA